AUGCAUAUGCUGAGUAUCGGAAUCUCGAAGGCUUUGCUUCCUGCGGGGAUGAAGGAUGGUAGCAGAAGGGUGAUGAGCACAGGGCAUGUGCCUUGUGUCAACAAUGCCGGGACUACCAUCUAUGGCCCCCUGAGUGCUAUUCCCGAAUUCAGCAAAGCAUCGGGAGUGAAAACCACCUCGAGACUUACGCCGCCUACCCCUUCACGAUCUUCCCUCGAUCGGCAAGAGAUACCGAGCUUGAUCAUUACGCCUCCUGAUGAGGAUGGUUUCAGUGGAAAAAUUUUGGGAGAAGACUCAUCUUGCUCAGAGGAUGAGCCUCCGAGGGGACAGUCGAGGCUGAAGAAGGAUGCAAGCGUGAAGACGCACGGGCAGGUGCCCGGGCGCCUUGGGGCAUUUAAGGGAAGGGAAAAGAAAGUUGCGUACAGUAAGAAGAAAAUAGUGGAUGAAGAUUGCUGA